GUGCCGGUGCCGGUGCUGGUGCUGGGGCUGGUGCUGGUGCUGGGGGGCCGGGCGGGCGGCGGGGGGGGCUGUCAGCUGCCGGCAGAGUGGCGGCCGCUCAGCGAGGGCUGCCGGGCCGAGCUGGCCGCGAUCAUCGUGUACGCGCGGGUGCUGGCGCUGCACCCCGACCCCUACGGCGCCUACAACUACCUGCCCUGGCAGAGGGGACCCCCCGGUGGCCCCCAGCAGGGAGCCGGGGACCUCUUUUACUCGGCCGAGAUCGAGCUGCUGUGCGACCAGGCGUGGGGCAGCAUGCUGGAGGUGCCCGCCGGCUCCCGCCUCAACCUCACCGGCCUCGGCUACUUCUCCUGCCACUCGCACACCGUCAUGCAGGGCUACGCUUAUUUCUUCUUCCUCCGAAUGGAUGAGAACUACAUUCUUCUGCCACAUGGAGUCAACUUCCAGGAGGCAAUUUUCCCUGAUACCCAGGAGAAUAGAAGGAUGUUUGCCAGCCUUUUCCAGUUUUCAAACUGCUCGCAGGCACAGCAUGUGCUGAGUUUCUCCAGUGACUGGGAGAUUCAAGAGGACAACCGGCUCAUGUGCUCCUCAGUGCAGAAGGCCCUGUUUGAGGAGGAGGAUAGAGUGAAGAAGCUGCAGCAGAAAGUGGCAUCGCUGGAGAAGCGCAACAAGCAGCUGCGGGAUCGAGUGAAGAAAGUCAAGAGGUCUCUCCGGCAAGCCAGGAAAAACUCCAGGCACAUGGAGCUGGUGAACCGAAAGCUCAGUGAGAAACUUUCCUCUGCAGGUGGUCAAAUCCCCUAUAUUAACUCUUUGAAGCAGGAGAACUCCCAUGGUACCUACCUUAAAGUAUAAUGCAAGGGUAAGUGCUCAGGCCAGUGGUAAUGGUGAAUUUUGUCUGCAUUAGAUCAGGGUCUGGCCCUCACACACUUUGUCUACGCUGUGCUUCAAACCUUGCAUGGAAAAUGAAUCUGAACUUGCUUUAGACACGGUGCCAGUUUAAACAGGAAUGCCAUCUGGAUUUGGAACUGCCCAAAGCCGUGUCCUCGCUGUUCUCAGUGGACACAGGACCAGACAGUCAUCUGUGCUUCUCCUUCCUCACCCACCUCCACCUCCAACACCUCCAGGUUGUCUUUGAUGGAAGUGCCAGCCCAGCCCUCUGGGCCAUUGCAGGCACUUGACACAGGAGUUCUUCCUGCCAGUUUACCUCCUCCUCAUGGGCUGGGCAAGCAAGGCUUGUGAUCUAGGGAUGAAUGCGGUGGGAAGGAGGAAGGCAUGGAUGUCCUUUGCUCACCCCCAGGCUCUCAAUCCUGCUUGAGCUUGACUGAAGUCUACAUCCAGUGCCUGGGCAUAGGCUACAACUGAGACUCAGGCAGUUUGUGCCUCUCUUCAGCACGAGGUAUAGAUGUGCCCAAACUGUCUUAAGACUGUUCCUGUAUAUCCUUAACUAUUCUAAAUCAAAUAUAUAACAACUUUCAUUUUUCCAAGAAGUGCCUCAAGGCUCUCAGUAACUCACUCAGGUGCCUUUAUCAUUGGUCAGCCAAGCAGGUUGGAAACUACAUAAUUUUGGGACUCUGUCUAAGACCUAAUCCUGCAGUCAGGAGUGGACUUAGCCUAUGAGUGGGUGCUGGAUCAGGUCCAGCAGGAAAUUUCAGAUCCCAUUCUCAAGCAGGUUUAAGUUACAGUGUGGACAAAGCUUCAAGUUUUGUAGUCACUGUUUGAGGUAUAAUUGAGGUUGCUGGGCAGCCUCACUUAGUUACACUUAAAACCUGUAGAGACCACAUCAAUAUCAACAGGGCAUUAAAAAUUUAGGUAGUUUAUAUAUGUAUAUAUUUUAAAAUCCUAUAGAAAAUAUUUUUAUUACACAUUUGAUAUAGUUAAUUUCUUAAAAUAUGAAGUAAAAUCUGUUUCUUGAUUAUCUCAUUAAAAAAGAAAAGUCCAUCAUAUCCUUUAUUAGGCAUUUACAAACUGACUUCUGCUCAAGCAGUGGGGUUUUAGGCAUCAGUAUCCGUAGCUGAUAAUGUUAAUGCUUGAAACUAUCCCUGCACUUGGAAAAGCCCAUAUCAGCUUUCAAAUGUGAGCUUCAGUCCAAGCAGAACACAGAAGCUGACUCUCACUACCUUCCACUCUUGGUCCUUUUGGAAAUACAUUUUUUUUUCCCCCUUUAGAAAUAAUGUUGGCAUUUCUUAAGGUUCUGACUCCUCCAUAAGCUCCACCAGUUUCAAAGGCUCUGCCUCCCACAUCACCACAAUUUGAAUUGUUUUCUGCUGGAGUCAGCAAUGCUGUUUCCUAAGAAUUAUUACAGAACUUAGGCUUCCCUAGAAGCCAUCAAGAGAUUUUUAACUCCAAAAUUCAAAUCCAUAGGAAAGUAACUACUUUUUAUUGGUUUAUUUUCUGGUUUCUAUAAAUAAAUGAACUGGUUUUCCUGGGAUAGGUAUUAAAAGCUUGUGUUUUAAUUUUUUGUUUAGAAAAAUAUUCCCUCUGGUAUUCAUUCAUGUUUUAUAAGUGUUUGUAUAAAGCUGAGAAAGUAUAACUAAUAUAGUUACAUCUUUGCUACUCUUAAAGAUUUUCCAAACACAGUGUUGAAUAUAUUUUUCUUUUGGCUGGUAUUUUUGUUGCUUGAUGAAAAGAUUGGAAUUUUCUUCCUGAUUCCCCCUCUGUC